GCUUCUCCCUGCCAUGGAAGCCCCAGCAAGCCCCGGCUCGUCCAUGCAGCGAGCGAGCGUCCCUGUGCCAGACCGGCCUGGCCCAGCCCGAGCAACGAGGGGGGCUUGCUUCGUAUUUCAGUAUCUGCUGAGCCAGACAGUUGUUUAAUUUCCCAGGCAGGGACGGGAGGGGAAUGGAAAGUUUCCCUGGGAGUGAGAGCGCUGUGUUUGCAAUGCGCUUCCUGCUUUGUACCAAACGGACAGUUUGUCUUCUCUGAAUGAGACCCGGGGAGCUGGCGCUGCGAGACCCUCAGGAAAUGGAGCCCGCGUAGCAACGUCCCGCCGGCCCCCCAGUCACGCUCGUUCACCUUCAGCCAGAGCACAGCUCGGAGCCGGAGCGAGAGAGGGGCAGCAGCCUCCAUGGAGCUUCUGCGCACAAUCAAACAGAUGGCCUGAAAGUGACUGCAGCAGCCCCUGCACCCCCUCUCUGCCAGCCUGGACCCCGCUGUGGGCAGGGGAGCCCUCAGAGUGAUUUUCCUGGGGGAGAUUUUUGAACGGGGGGGGAAGGCCUGGCUGAGCCUCUUGUGCAUGUGGCCCCCCACACACACUAAUUUGUGGCUCUGAAAUGCUGAACCCGAAGCAUGGCUCCCCGGGGGCCUCCCCCAGUGCCUCCCCCUGCAGCUCCCCCCGCAACUCGCCCAUCCUCUUCAGGAAGCUCAUGAUGAACCAGAGCAUCCGCAUGCAGCGGCGUUUUACCGUGGCUCACCCCCUCUGCUUUGACAUUGAAAAUGGUCUUUCAUCGGGGAGGAGCCCGCUGGACCUCCAAGCCAGCCCUGGCUCUGGGCUGGUCCUGCAGGGGAACGUGUCUCACAGCCAGCGGCGGGAGUCCUUCCUCUACCGCUCCGACAGCGACUAUGAUCUGUCUCCCAAAGCCAUGUCCCGGAACUCCUCCAUCGCCAGCGACCUGCAUGGAGAAGACAUGAUCGUCACACCCUUCGCGCAGGUCCUGGCCAGCCUGCGCACCGUCCGGAGCAACUUUGCCAUGCUGAUGCACCUGCAGGACCGCGUGGCUAGCAAGAGAACGUCUAGCAGCAACCCGCCAUCUGUGUGCAAGGCCAGCUUGUCGGAGGAUGCCUGUCAGAAGCUGGCAAUCGAGACCCUGGAAGAGCUGGACUGGUGCUUGGACCAGCUGGAGACCCUGCAGACCAGACAUUCUGUCAGUGAGAUGGCCUCCAACAAGUUUAAAAGGAUGCUGAACAGGGAACUGACGCACCUAUCCGAAACCAGCCGCUCUGGCAACCAGGUGUCUGAGUACAUCUCCAGCACCUUCCUGGACAAGCAGCAUGAGGUGGAAAUUCCCUCCCCCAUGCCCAAGGAGAAGGAGGCGGAGAAGACGACGCGCCCCAUGGCCCAGAUCAGCGGCCUGAAGAAACUGACGCAUAGCUCCAGCUUCAUCAGCUCCAGCAUCCCUCGCUUCGGGGUCAAGACGGACCAGGAAGGGCUCCUGGCCAAGGAACUCGAAGAUACAAACAAAUGGGGUCUUGACAUGUUUAAAAUCACAGAGUAUUCUGGCAACCACCCACUCACAGUCAUCAUGUACAGCAUCUUCCAGCAGGAGCGGGACCUGAUGAAGACCUUCUGCAUCCCAGCCGACACCUUCAUCACCUACAUGAUGACCCUGGAGGACCAUUACCACGCUGACGUGGCCUAUCACAACAACAUCCAUGCCGCGGAUGUGGUCCAGUCCACACAUGUGCUGCUGUCCACGCCGGCUCUGGAGGCUGUGUUCACGGACCUGGAGGUCAUGGCUGCCAUCUUCGCCAGCGCCAUCCAUGAUGUUGACCACCCAGGCGUGUCAAACCAGUUCCUGAUCAACACCAACUCAGAGCUGGCUCUGAUGUACAACGACGUCUCUGUCCUGGAGAAUCACCACUUGGCCGUGGGCUUCAAGCUCCUCCAGGAGGAAAACUGCGACAUCUUCCAGCACCUCAGCAAGAAGCAGCGACAGUCGCUCCGCAAGAUGGCCAUCGACAUGGUGCUGGCAACGGACAUGUCCAAACACAUGAACCUGCUGGCUGAUCUGAAGACAAUGGUGGAGACCAAGAAGGUGACCAGUCUGGGAGUCCUGCUGCUGGAUAACUACUCCGACCGAAUCCAGGUGCUGCAGAACAUGGUUCACUGCGCUGACCUCAGUAACCCCACCAAGCCCCUGGAGCUGUACCGCAAGUGGACAGACCGGAUCAUGGUGGAGUUCUUCCACCAGGGGGACCGGGAGCGGGAGAAGGGCAUGGAGAUCAGCCCCAUGUGCGACAAGCUCAGCGCCUCCGUGGAGAAGUCCCAGGUGGGCUUCAUCGACUACAUCGCUCACCCGCUGUGGGAGACAUGGGCCGAUCUGGUGCACCCCGACGCCCAGGAGAUCCUGGACACGCUGGAGGACAACCGGGAGUGGUACCAAAGUAUGAUCCCACACAGCCCCUCGCUGCCCGAGGAGCAGGAUCCCGAGAAGGGCGGUGGGGGAGAGAAGUUCCAGUUCCAGCUGACCCUGGAGGAGGAGGGCGAGUCGGACACUGAGCUGGAGGAGGCCGAGAGCCCGCUGGAGGAGGACAACAGUGGCAGCGACUCCAAGACGCUGGCCACGGAUGACUCGGAGUCGGCAGAGCUCGAGCGCCUGUCCCCUGGCUCAGCUGGCAGGGACUCUCCGCCCCCCGCGCACAGCAGCCCGCUCAGGAACACGCUGGCCAAGCAGAAGGAGGUCUUGCACUUUGACAACAGGAGGGCUCUGGAGAGGACGCUCUCACAGCCCGACGGCGGCACCUCAUUGGGAUGCCCGGAGCUGGGCCGCAGGGGGAGCCUGGAGGCCAGGGAGCUGGGCCUGGACGCAGAGGGGAACCUCACAUUUCUGCCGCUGGGGACGUAAUAGGUGGGGCCCGCUGUGCCCGUUGGUUGGGUCUGGGAGCCACCUGGAGACCAGGCGCCUCAGGGUCAUUAAUAAAGAGAGCGAGAUUGGGGUGUGGAGCACAUGAGCUCUGUAGGCCCCCACCCUCCCAUAGCACCCACUGGGGACAGAUCGGGACCCUCCAGAGGGAGCAGGCAGCUGCUGGCCAGGUGGGCCCGGACCGGAAUUGUCAAGCUGCCAUGUGCCCUCAAGUGAGGACCGGGCAGCUCCGGUGCCUCCCACACGGCCUGGGAAUAGCUCUGUACCUGAGCAGGCCCCCAGCCGCCCUGGGCGGUGUGCGCUGCUGCUGGGCUCGGACAGGGCUGCGGCCGCAGCAUUGUCGUGUGUCUUGCCUACUAUCCUCGGACUCACCCUGUGCCCUCCGUCCCCGCGCCUGCCAGCCAGGGCCCGACCUGGACCCAGAUGGGCAGAAGGGCUGGGAGCUGCGGGGAGGGCAGACGGGCCAUGCAGACCUAUGAGCAUCCCUGCUGCUCACAGCUAAGCACUGUGUCCCCUUUGGGCUGCAGCUCUGGGCUCCCGAGUGGGGAGCAUGUCCCCUGGUACCUCUGGGCUGUGCCCCCCGCCGGGAUGCACACUGACUCUCCUCCCCGGGAAGCCAGGCCUUUGAUCCAUAUGCACACUGGGGCUGUGCUAGCCCGGGGGCCCAGCUAAGCCCCUAGCAGCAUCCCUGCCUGGCUGGCCUGGCUUCCCACCUUGAGCUCCUCAGCAGCCAGUCUGCAGUGUCCUGCCUGCUGGCGGCUCAGCAGCCCCCACCGGCCGGCCCAGCGCUGCAUCCGUGAAGCCUCAGCUCUGCCUCCGAGCGCUGAGGCUGGUGAGAACCUCGCCCGCUGUUCCCUUGUCGCAGCAGAGUCCAGCCAGUCCCACUCCACUUACCUCCCGUCCAGGCACUCUGCUCCCCGGGCAGUUCCCCACCCACCCUCUCCUGGGGAAGUGGAUGUGGGGCGGGGACCCUCCUCCAGGAGGUGGGGCUUUGCCCCCACGUUCCAGCCCCAAGCCCUGCAUCCCGUGGCUGCAGGGGCUGGAGCGCUGGGUGCAUCCAGGCCGCAGCUGGGAUUUCCUCACAGGGUGACGGUCGCAUCAUCUCCCUGGGAGCUCUGGGGCCGUGCAGUCAGCUGGUGUGACCUGGUGCAGCUCCUUGGUACCCAGCAGAGCCGCUGGCCUCGGGCGCUGUGAGUAACAGAGCUGGGAAGGAACCCUGUCCCAUGUCACCGGGCGCAGGCCCCUCUCCCACAGGCCGCCCCGGGCUCUGUCCGUGGAGGCAACUCCCUGUCAAAGGGUCUGGAUUCUACCCGCGUAGCUCCCACUCCCUGCGGCUGGGCCUGGAAGCCAGGGCACAGCCAUUCCCAUAGGGGAAGGGGAAGAAGCUGUCUGGGUCUCAGGCACCUUUGUCAGGGCUCAUGGUGCCCAGGCCAGGAGCUGUGCUGCUCCAGCGACCUUCCCCGCCUCUCCCUGUCCUCCUGCCCAGCUGUGCGUGUCCCAGUGAAGCCAGCAGGAGGCACUGCUGGUAAUGGGAGUCUUUAUGGAAGGCCCCGGGUGGCAGAGGGUCUCUAUUUACAGGAGUUGUCACAGAACAGCAUCUAGUGCUGCCCAUCAGGGAUGCUCCGUUCUCACGCGUUGUCCUGCGCCGGAUACACGGGACCUGGACCACGCAAGUACGUUAUACUUUGGUGUGCUGCUGUGAAUCUCCAUUGCCUCCAAUUUAUGCAACUAAACGAACUGGCUGCCCCCCUCGGCGGGGAGACGGUGAGUGCAGGGGCUGGGCACCGACAUACCCCCUGCUUUCCUGACACCAAACAGCCCUUUGCAGGCAGACACUGCAGAAUAUGAGCCAAAAGGAGAGAUGUGUAUUCCCAUUGCAAAGCAGCAAUGGCUCCCCAAUGCAACAGGACUCUGGCUGUGGUGGGGGCUGAGCGGGCCUGGCAGUGGGUGCUGGGAGACCCUGGA